CUGCAGCCUGGCGAGGCGGCUCCCGCGCGGGCACACCCCCACGUUCCUGCCGGCGCUGCCGCCGGCACUCCGCUCCGCCCCGCCGCGGCCGCACGCCAGCUGCCGGGACAUGGCACACGCGCCGGCACGCUGCCCUGGCGCCCGGGGCUCCGGGGACGGCGAGAUGGACAAGCCCAGGAAGGUGGCGCUCAUCACUGGCAUCACCGGCCAGGAUGGUUCAUACUUGGCCGAGUUCCUGCUGGAGAAAGGCUAUGAGGUCCAUGGAAUUGUACGCCGAUCCAGUUCAUUCAAUACAGGUCGAAUUGAACAUCUGUAUAAGAAUCCCCAGGCUCAUAUUGAAGGAAACAUGAAAUUGCACUAUGGUGAUCUCACGGACAGUACCUGCCUUGUGAAGAUCAUUAAUGAAGUAAAGCCUACAGAGAUCUACAACCUGGGAGCCCAGAGCCACGUCAAAAUUUCCUUUGACUUAGCUGAGUACACGGCGGAUGUCGACGGCGUUGGCACCUUACGGCUCCUCGACGCAGUUAAGACCUGUGGCCUUAUCAACUCUGUGAAGUUCUACCAAGCGUCGACAAGUGAACUUUAUGGCAAAGUGCAAGAAAUACCCCAGAAGGAGACCACCCCUUUCUACCCCCGGUCACCCUAUGGGGCAGCAAAACUCUAUGCCUAUUGGAUUGUGGUAAACUUCCGUGAGGCAUAUAAUCUCUUCGCAGUGAAUGGCAUUCUCUUCAAUCAUGAGAGUCCCAGAAGAGGAGCUAAUUUUGUUACUCGAAAAAUUAGCCGGUCAGUAGCUAAGAUUUACCUUGGACAACUGGAAUGCUUCAGUUUGGGAAACCUGGAUGCCAAAAGAGAUUGGGGCCAUGCCAAGGACUAUGUGGAGGCAAUGUGGCUGAUGUUGCAGAAUGAUGAGCCGGAGGACUUCGUCAUAGCUACCGGGGAAGUCCAUAGUGUCCGGGAAUUUGUCGAGAAAUCCUUCUUGCACAUUGGGAAAACCAUCGUGUGGGAAGGAAAGAAUGAAAAUGAAGUGGGCAGAUGUAAAGAGACCGGCAAAAUUCACGUGACUGUGGAUCUCAAAUACUACCGACCGACCGAAGUGGUAAGGACGCCCUGGCGGCCCGCGCGGCCGCAGCUGGCCGGCUGGCUGGGAAAUGCUAUCAGGGGUGCCCGCUGCAGCCUGCGAAGUUCUCUGUUUGGCUCUCUGGCAUCCUUCAGCUGGCAUUUCCCAAACCAGAACACAGUGAAUUAG